AUGGAUCACUCUUCAAAUUUUGAUGAUGAUUAUUCUGAUUAUGAGUUGGAUAUGAUGCAAGCAAUUGCAAUGAUAUCCGAUGGAACAUCUUCUACACCUCAUCGUACUCCUCAACGUCAUAGGUUCAUCAGACGUGAUUCAUUCGAAGGUCAUCAACACCUUUGGAAUGAUUACUUUGCUGAAAUACCAAUAUAUCUGCCCUAUCUUUUUAGGAGGAGCUUUCAAAUGAGUCGUGAUCUUUUUUUAUGCAUACAUGAUACAGUAGUCUCCCACAAUGAUUAUUUUGUCCAAAGGAGAGAUGCCAGUUGGAGGCUUGGAUUGUCUUCCCUUCAGAAGAUGACUGCGGCAAUUAGGAUGCUAGCAUAUGGGGUCACUGCAGAUCUAAUAGAUGAGUACAUAAGAAUCGGAGAAAGCACCGCACAGCAAAGCAUGAAGAAAUUGGUUAAGGCAAUCGUCUCAAUUUUUGGGGGUGAGUAUUUGAGAUCUCCAAACAGCAGUGAUAUAGUGAGGUUACUAGAUGCUGGACAAAGACGUGGAUUCCUAGCAUGUUUUUUUUGUUUGCCUGGGUUGCAUAACGAUAUCAACGUACUUGAUCGAUUUUCUGUUUUUCCUGCAUUGGCCGAAGGUCCUGCUCCUCCGUGUAAUUACACAAUCAAUGGUCAUGAAUAUACAAUGGGAUAUUAUCUUGUAAAUGUUACAUAUCCUUCAUGGGCAACAUUAGUGAAAAAAAUUCCAUCUCCUCAGGGAAAUAAGAAAAAACACUUUGCUGCUUGCCAAGAGUCUACAAGGAAAGAUGUGGAGCGUGCAUUCGGAGUACUCCAAGGUAGAUUUGCAAUUGUGCAUAGACCUGCGAGGUUUUUUCGGCCUGAAGUACUAAAAGACAUUAUGUACGCAUGCAUUAGCUUACAUAAUAUGAUCGUUGAAGAAGAGUGGCAUCUAUAUUUUGAGGCUAAGCAAUUCAUUUAUAAACAAACGAAAGAGACUCCAAAUGAGCCAAUUUCGCGCGAUAAUAUACCUGAAUUCAUCGAGUUCAUUGCACAACAUCAUCAAAUUAGAGAUAAAGACACUCAUAGUCAACUCCAGGCCGACCUUAUCGAUCAUUUAUGGAAUAUUCAUGGUCGCACCUAA